UUUUACUCAUAAGUAUACCACUUAAAGUUGGGCUUAAUUUCAUGCUAGCUAUUACCAUGUUCCUGCUGCAAAAUGUGGAGAUUAAAAUGCUAAGUUGAGAAACUGUACUGCUGGGAAAACUGUGCUUGAUGUCUUCUGUCAAAUCUGUUUCUGGAAUAACUUCAGUUUGAUGAAUGUGUAUAUAUAUAUAUUUAAGUAUUAAAUUUUUCUUUUGACCUUUGAGAAAUCCAGUGAAACACUCUUGUUUUGACCUUGAUCUUUGGAUAAUAGCAUCUUUUUUUUAGUGGUGGCCUGGAGCUUUCAAUUAAUAUUUUCAUCACCUCUGCAAUAGGAAUCCUGUGCAACUCACAAGCAAAUGACAUUUUUUCCUUUAUAAGUGGUGUUCUGCUACAGUAUCCAACCAAUUAUUUUCUUUACUUCAGAGUCAGGUGAGAUAAGUUUGUGCUGUUUGUAUAGCCGCCAGAGGAGACAGUUUUGUGCUGAUCUUGAUGUGGUUUAGAUCUAGUUUUAAUGUAACCCUGAUUCUGCAGUACUGCUUUUAACUUCCAUUUCUCAGAGGCAGCGGUAAUGAUGAAGGGAGCCUGUCUGAGCAUUAGCCCAGAUAAGAACGAAAUUAUGCUGUUUGCAAAGUAAGAAAACCACAGGAAUGAUCUGAGCCAGUGUGUGGAAGUUCACAGCUCUCCAUUAUCAACUGUGGGGUCUGAGGGAGUGCAUGUAGUCUGAGGAGGGGGCUCUGCGUGACAAGUGAGAUCCGUGCUGCUGGGCUGAAGGCCGUGCUAUAGGAAUGUCCCUUUUUGGUAGGGCUCAGGGCCUCCAGCACCUACUCUCAUGUUCCCUCAGAUGGGCAGUUGUUUGCCUGCAAGUGCUUUUACACUGAGAAGAGCACCAGCGUCUGCAGGUUCAGCCUCCUGGCUUUACUUGCCUCUUUGGCCACUCUAAUGUCCUGCCACUGCAGUUGUAAUUUUGCUAGGCUGUACUAGCUAUUAAUUCCUGGAAAUGGAUGUCCUUAAGUAGGAAAAGCAUAUUCUCAGUGGCAUCAAAUGCUUCAUGAAUUCUUAGCUGUAUAAAUGGCUAGGGUGUUUUAAUAAACUAAAAAAUCCUUUUUAAUGGGUUUUUAGGUUCUUUUAUUCACUGUAUCAUUUGUACUUUCUUACCACUAGUGCUAUUGAGAUUUAAUGCUACAUGCUUCAAAUAUUGUAUUUCUUUGAAAAUACUACUGACAAAGCAAGAUUGAAUCUUGUUAAAUAAAUGACAGUUUCAAAAAGCUAAUCUUAACACCCUAAAACAUGAUUUUUGCAAUGUAUGCUUUUGCAUGGUACAGGAAAAUGUGGAAAAAACUCCACUCUUGAAAAGCAUUUUAAAUUUAGCUCUCGAGUCCCAGUUAAAAUGUCUCAAAAUGAAAAGACUGUUAUUUGAAAAGCCAUUUCCUGUAAUUCUGUCACUUGAUGUAGAGCAGGCUGGUCUCUUAAUUUGUGAAAAUGGGAGCUGGUUCCAUGGAAACCCCUCACAUCAUAGAAUUAUUUACUACCCAGUAAACAACUUACUAUUCCUUCAGUCUUUAUCCUUUGUAUGUACCACAUGGAUGGUAAACCUUUCCAUUUCCACUGAGUAUGGCAACAAAUGUCUUAAGGACUUGUGCUAAUUAGUUCUUGGUUUUUUUUCUUCUCUCGUCUGCUGUCAUGGAGUGGAAAUUUUCUGGGAGGAAACUGUUUGCCUGUGAAAUCAGAACUCCCUCAGUCGAUUUCUCAUGCUGCCAGUAAUGUCCGUGCUGUUUUAGCUCUUAGAAUUACAUAUACAUCAUCUACUAUCUGGUAUGUUUCCCAUUGAAGGACUACUUCCAAUUCAUAACUACCAAACUUUUUAAUAAUUUUGACUUAAAACAAUUAUGCUGGGCUUAUUCCUCAUGGAAUUUUAAAGUAUUUUUUAAUGUUUCAACAAGAACAACAAAAGAUAACCUUUCAGAGAUUAAAACGGGGAAAACAAAUUUAUUGCUUCUGUCAUUUUAAAAACAGUUUUUCUAAGUGUUGAGCAUAUCUACUGUCUCUAUGCUUUGGCCUUUAAAUAUGGUGACCAAAUGUGUAUGGGUCACAAAGUAGAAUGGAACUGCGGGCUGAAGCAGUUACCAAAUCAGAACAACAUGUGCUGGGGAUUACAUGUAAGUACUGGCAAAUACCUAAAGCAGAUAAUGAGCCUUUGUUUUACAGAUGUCAAGGAAUAUCCUUUGUACUUUGGCUCUGGAAGCCACUUUAUACAAUUUACUGUGAGGAGAGUGUUCCUUCUGUUUCUUUGAAAAGCUGGGGCUCUCUCCAUGUAAUGCAGCCACUUUUUUCAUGCCUUUGUUGUCUUCACAUUGCAUACACAACUACCUUGUUUGUGUAGGAAACCUAAAACAGCUGCAAAGCCCCCUGCAACUGUAUAAUAAUACUUUGCAAAUAAGAUUGCAUUCUCUGAGUGCUUUAUGCACAGGUAGCCAGGGGUAGGUACAGCUUGAAAACUGGGUUGUAGAGGCUGUGGCUGCUUUGCAGCUCUAUGGUGCUAGUCAUUUUAGAUUUGUUGUGCAUCAUCUUUGAAAACCUAAAACUCAUUUUGCAUUUUUUCCAAGGUAUCUCCAGGGGUCCAAAAAGAUACUGCCUGUGUUGUAGGACAACUUCCAUUACCUUCAGGAGUUUAGUACAGAGCUGCUGUUUUAACCUCAGAGAGCUCUGUAACAAGGUACUUAGAACUGCUGGUGUAAAGUUAAGCAUCGUAUAAACUAUGGACAUGCAGGUUUUCUUAAACUAAGAUUUUCAGGGCAGCUGAUGGGACUGUUAAUUAUUGUUUCAUUUAGGUUCUCUAGCUGUCCUUUUUAUACUGUUGGUUUUGUCUCCCACUUAACUUGUAAGCUCUUUUACGACAAGGAACACCUCCUGUUUGGUUCAGUAAGUAAAUGAAGUAAGUGCUGCUCUGUAAUGGUAGACCAACUGGUGUUACACCAAUCCACGUAGCAAGAUCUGCCAUCAACUAUGAAAUACAAAUGCACACAGGAUUUAAGUGAGAUACGGCCCUUUCAUCCCUUACUUAACUUUUUGCAUAUUUUCAUGCUUUGCUGCCUCCUCAAAAGACACUACUUCCUACACAGAUAUUUUGGCAGUAAUAAAAAUGACCACUAAAUUAGAAUUGGUUUGUUUCCCAUAGUCAACAGUGACCCUGGACAUAAUACCUUUUCAAUAUUUCUCUUUUUUUUUCCCCCUACCAGAAGCUGCUAAGUAAUGUCAAGAAACAAAUAUAUUCUGAGAGUCAGAGAUUGCCUUUUGUAAGUCUAGUACUGUAUUUGUACAAUUGAUACUUUCCAGCAUGUGACUGAUGUCAUUCAAAUAACCUCUAGACACCUGGCUAUUCAGAAAUGGCUCAUACUUUCACUUUAUUCCUACUUGGAUUGUUAUUUUUUAGUCAUAUAACUCAUAAUCGCAAGUUUUCAUAUGGAAAACUUUCCUUCUACAAGGAGAAGAGUAUUAAAAAAAAAAAAAAGAUGGGCGCUAUUUUAGUGACACAUAUUUCAAAGACUGGGAUUGUGUUUAAAUUGUGGGCAGAAUUAGGGCAUAUUACUGUAUCAUUAAAUAUAAUUUCACAAUUUUUAUCUGUCUAAAGAAACACGUAAAAAAUCCCAAACAAUCUCAAACUAAGGUACUACAGUAACGCUGCUCUUCUGUGUGAGUGUAUUUCCAAGGACGCUGCAAUACAAUUUUUAACUGAAUACUGCACAGCUGUGUUGGAUCUGGUCCUCAGAAACACAGGUCAAAAGACAUGUUACACUGCUGAAUACCAACAAGGUGGUUUCCCUAGCAACAAUAAACAGAAGAAAGCUCAGCCCAUUCAAGUGAUUUAGUUUGUGUGUGGCAGCAAAGAUUGAUUUUGAACACCAUGGGAACCCAUUAGCUGUAAGAAGAAAAGCAGCAAAUGAAAAAAACUGUAGAUCUCUCUUACCCAGCAUUGCUAUUUAUUAGAAUUGUAUACAGUGUAAUUAUCGGGAAUUUGCAUAGGAUAUUCUUAAAGUGAAAUACCAUUUUACUUUUUCUUUCUGCAGCUUUUAAUUUUCUCUACUGUGGGGAAAAAAGAACGCUUUAUGUGGAAAGAGGAAAGGAGGAGAAAAUUUGAGAAAUGGACAUGAUGCUUUGGAUAGGUUCACCUUCUAAACUUAUUAAUUAUGUCCUGCAUACGUACUCAGGCCUAGUGUGACAUAGGCCACUCAGUGCUUCAGAUGUUCAUCCACUAAGGGUAAAUUCAGAUAUUUAAGCAUCAUGAUUAUGCCACGUGUGCCCAGCAGUAAUUCCUAAUGAAGCCAUGAGAGGUUGUAACCGUGCUCUCAGUCAUACUACUACUGCCUCUCUGAAGAAAGCUGUACAAAACAAGACUAAGGGUUACUCUUGGGAGCAUCACGUUCCAACUCUGCAAAAGUAAUAAAAGGUAAGUUUCUAGUAUUUGGGUAAGCUGACAUGUUUUGGAAGAGCUACACACUAGGAACCACAAACUGUGGUACACGUUGCUUGCCAGAAUCUCUGUGGAUCCUUCUCUUGGCAAUUGCUAUCUAAAAGACAUAGCGUGUAGGUUCUUCUAUGUGUAUUGUUUGUUGUUGGCUUUUAAGUCCUCUGAGUCACCUUUCCUCUGGAGUUUACUGCUGGGAAUGAAUCCAGUAUAAUUCUAACUCAUUAUAGUUCAGUGAUGCUAUUUACAUUUCAGUGCUGUCUAUACAUCAGAUAUUCCAUCUCCCCCCUUCUGUUUCCAGGCUCCCUGAGGUCUGCACUUUGUGCUUAUGAUUUGUAAGAUCUGGGUGAUGGCACCUGAGUCUUGGCUAGAACUGUUACAUUGUUGAACUGCUUCUCCUGCUUUUUCUCCAUGCAAGCAUAAUUACUCUUUGAUGCUGUGCUGCUACCUACGUGGUUUUGCUGCACUUCUAUAGUCCUUAUCUGACUGCUCUGCUGCUGCUGGCUUCUGUUGAUAGUUUAAAUCAUUUUUGAAUAUAUUCGUAAAGCUCCAGUAUUCUUCUCACUACUUCCAUUGAUUUCAGAGGCAGUGAAAUCCACUCUUAUAUUAACAUUGCUGUUAUUUUAUUUCCUUCAUUGCUGAAUAAUUUUAAUGGAGGCUUUCUCUCCUUUUCAGUCCCCUUUGCUGUUUUUGUUGUUUUUUGUGUUUUUUUUCCCUUCAAAUCUGUGCUGUAAAAACUCCUCAGUUGCUUUGUCCUUGCUGUCCUCUGUGUUCAGGUAGUGUUGUAGAUUUGGAUUCAGGAUUUUUUUUCUACCAGUGCAAAUGAGAACAAAACUGGAAGCCUCAGCUAGAGCAACCAUCUUUGUAUGCGAGUACGGACAGAGUCAUUACAGCUAGGAGCUGUCGUUUCAGACACCUGUCUAAAUGAAAGCCUAACUGCCACAAGAGCUUGACUACCAGAGCCCUCAGACAGAGCUUUCUGUAUCUGUACCUGCACAUGUCCUGCUUUUCCUCUCAGGCAGUGGAUGGGAUGGUGGGCACUCUAGGAUGGCAAGGGCUUUGGGAUGAAAUUAUGGUAUAGAGAUGAGAACUCUUACCUGAAGCAUUUUGCUUGCUCCAGGACACAGCAGACAGAGUCUGGGAUUUGGCUCAGCAGGCUGAGAACCAGCAGCUUUUUUUCUUUCAGGAGUCCUGACCUACACUCCGGCAGCCUGAGCCCUGAUUUGAGACUGAGAGAUGGGAUCUGGGACUCUCCCAGGGAGCUAUGAGAAAUCACAGUACACUGUGGUCUUUGUACUCCUUAUCCUUCCCUUUACCUUAUUCUUUUGCUCUCAGAAAUGCAGCAACCAUACUCUUAGGUAGAGAUGUAGAUGAAGAAAGUAGCAGGCAGGGUGGGGGAUGUUUCCAUGUGAGCAAAAUACAAUACGAUUUGGAAGAGGCAAGUCUUGGAUGGAAGUCUUAAUGUGAGUUCUCCCUGUUAAUACAGCAGAAGACUGCUGAACUCUUGAGGUAAGGAAAGGGCCAUGUGAAGAAUUGGUUGAACCACAGAGGGGUUUUGAUGUUUGCUUUCUUCAAGAUGGUGGCAACCCUUGAACAAGGUGCAUUUGCAUUUAUUUAAAAACUAAGAAGGGAAAAUCCAAAGCAGCACCCAUGUGACCUGUUAGGACAAGACAAUAUAACACAAUACGUGUUAACUCGGGUACUUACAGUUCAGCAUGCUGUAUCCACAUUUGCAUAGCGGGAAUUUAAAACUGCCUCAAGAUUUUCACAGAAGUACUAUGCAUUUCAGCUGUGUCCUUAAACUCUUCAGCAACUGUUGUUUUUUUUUUUCCUUUCCCGCAAAGCUGUUUAAUGUUUUUACAUUAACUUGUGAUUCACCAGUGUUUAUGAUGUGUGUAGGUUAAUGCAAUCAUGCAUUCUGUUCACAAUCACGAGUCCAUUUCUGGGCAAAGAAAAAUGCACACAGAGAUGAAGAGGUAUUUAAAAAGCAUGAAGUCCUCCUGACUUUUAAGGAGAUUUACUAUAGUGAAUAAUGUUUCUGUAUAGCCAUUUGAAAAGGGAGAUUUUAAACUGAUAAAUGAGGGUAAGACAGUGCAUCUCAACUUUUUAUUACAGAAAGUGUACGUUCCAUUAUAAUGAUGUGUUUUAUGAUUAAAAUACUUCCAUUUACAAUUUGUUGGCUACAUGUUUCACUACAUCAGUACUGUAUGUUGAUUUAAAAUUUAACUGAUUCACCAAAACUACUUUGUGUGCAGCAACUGAACGUCUCCAUAGAAUACACUUUGGAAAAUCUCAUCAGUUAAAUACUGUAAACUAUUUAUGGUCUAAGAGAUACUCUAUUCCCAUUCAAUUAUUGAGGCUAUAGCAUUUUAUAGCAUUUCAUUUACUAAUAGCUCUUCGCCUUUUGGCAUCUAGUCAUGGCCAUACAAAUGACAUAUUUUCUUUUCAAAGACAGCCUAAAGAAAGUGAGAGAUCAAGCCAUUCCUAGCCUGAGCUUGCAUUAGUGGAGCCAUUGUGUAAUUGGUCAAUCACUGCACUUGACAACAAUUAAGAGUUGUUCUUUUCUACUGGAAAUUUGCAAGCAACAACAAAAAAUAGCGGCUGCAUGUAAAUAUGGCUUGUUUCAAGGGAAUGGUAAAAAAAAUUACUGUACUUUGGUCAGAUUGACAAUUCACUGUUAGAAACAAUUGCCUUGUUAAAAACAAAACAUGCACAGCAAUGGAUAAAGGUGGCUGGAAGAAUUUUGUGGAGAAAUGCCAAUGUUCCUCAUUGUUUAAAGUUUGCAGUUUCUAAGUGAAAGCUAUUUAAUACUAGUUACGCAUAUAUACUAAUUAGUUUUAUUUCUUGCUCCUAACCAUUUCUUUAAAAGCUCACUAAACCGUCCCUUUACCUCACCGCGUUUACCCGGCCUGUCCUGAGAGGCCCCGGCGCUCCUCAGGGCCCGGCGCGGCAGCGCUGAGGUAACGGCGCGCGCCGCCGCAGCCCCGCGGCCCCGGCCCAGGCUCAGCGCGGAACGCGGCCCGGGCGGCGCAGGGGGACGCGGCUGCGGGCCCUCGGCAGCGCCUCCCGCCGCAGCGCCUCCCCUGCCCCGCCGGCGGAGGCUCCGCGGCCGCCAGGUGUCCAGUCAUGCGGGGUCGCCCCGCCGCUGUGGGAGCGAGAACGGACGGCGACCUGUGCCCUGCUGACAGGCCGCGGGCCCGCGGCGCUGAGGGGGCCGGGGCUGCCGGGACCUGCGGGUGCAGCGCCGCACAGGUGCGGCUGCUGGGGCUGAGCCGGGGCCCUGCCUCUGCAGGGGAACACCAGCUGUACCCAUCUCCCCCGAACCUAUUGGGAGACAGUACCUUUGGCCGAGUCCAGCAUAUGGCCAACAGGAACUAUGUCAGCAGCUGAGAACACAGCAAGUCCUGAAGCAAACUGGAUUAGGAAGCCGUUGUAUGGUUUAUUUCAGUGUAAUUCCAGUAUGAUUGGACUAGAAUCAUUAGCCGAUCCCUCAGAUACCUGGGAAAUUAUAGAGACUAUUGGGAAAGGCACUUAUGGUAAAGUCUAUAAGGUUGCCAAUAAGAAAGACGGGAGUCUGGCAGCAGUAAAGAUUCUGGAUCCUAUCAGUGAUGUAGAUGAAGAGAUUGAAGCAGAAUAUAAUAUUUUGCAGUUUCUUCCCAAUCAUCCUAAUGUUGUUAGAUUUUAUGGGAUGUUUUACAAAGCAGAUCAAUAUGUGGGAGGACAGCUCUGGCUAGUACUUGAGCUGUGCAAUGGAGGUUCUGUCACAGAGCUUGUCAAAAGCCUGCUGAAGUGUGGCCAACGCUUGGAUGAAGCUAUAAUCUCAUACAUCUUAUACGGUGCUCUCUUGGGCCUUCAGCAUUUACACAAUAACCGGAUCAUUCAUCGUGAUGUGAAAGGGAACAACAUUCUCCUGACAACAGAAGGUGGAGUCAAGCUCGUUGACUUUGGUGUUUCAGCCCAGCUCACCAGCACACGGCUGCGUAGAAACACCUCAGUUGGAACACCUUUUUGGAUGGCACCUGAGGUCAUUGCUUGUGAACAGCAGUAUGACUACUCGUAUGAUGCUCGAUGUGACGUAUGGUCCUUGGGAAUAACAGCUAUUGAACUGGGGGAUGGAGACCCUCCUUUAUUUGACAUGCAUCCAGUGAAAACACUUUUUAAAAUUCCAAGAAAUCCUCCUCCUACUUUGCUACAGCCUGAAAAAUGGUGCAGAGGAUUCAACCAUUUCAUUUCACAGUGUCUUAUCAAGGAUUUUGAGAAGCGUCCUUCAGUCACCCACCUUUUGGAGCAUCCGUUUAUUAAGCAAGUACAUGGUAAAGAUAUGGCUCUGCAAAAACAGCUUGCUGAGCUCAUCCGAGAACAGCAGCAGCUGGGCUCCAUAGCCAAAACCAGGCAUGAACGAAUACAUACUAGAAGACCUUACCAUGUGGAUGCAACUGACAAGUACUCUCUAGAUGACGAUCUGGUAAACCUAGAAGUUCUAGAUGAGGAUACAAUUAUUCAUCAGCUUCAGAAACGCUAUGCUGACUUACAAAUUUAUACAUAUGUUGGAGACAUUUUAAUAGCCUUAAACCCCUUCCAGAAUCUCAGCAUUUAUUCUCCCCAGUUUUCCAAGCUUUACCAUGGUGUGAAGCGUUCAUCAAAUCCCCCCCACAUAUUUGCCUCUGCGGAUGCUGCCUACCAAAGUAUGGUUACGUUCAGCAAAGAUCAGUGCAUUAUCAUCAGUGGAGAAAGUGGUGCUGGAAAGACAGAAAGUGCCCAUCUGAUUGUCCAACACUUGACCUUCUUAGGAAAGGCCAAUAACCGGGCUUUGCGUGAGAAAAUUCUUCAGGUAAAUCCUCUGGUUGAAGCAUUUGGAAAUGCCUGCACUGCCAUCAAUGACAACUCAAGUCGCUUUGGAAAAUAUCUGGAAAUGAUGUUUACACCAACAGGAGCUGUAAUGGGGGCAAAGAUUUCCGAAUAUCUACUUGAAAAAUCAAGGGUCAUAAAACAAGCUGUGGGAGAGAAAAAUUUCCACAUAUUUUAUUACAUUUAUGCUGGCCUUUAUCAUCAGAAGAAACUUUCUGAAUAUAGACUUCCUGAUAAAAAGCCUCCUAGAUAUAUUGAUAACGAAACUGGAAGAGUAAUGCAUGAUAUUGUUACUAAAGAUUCCUACGGAAGACAAUUUGAAGCUAUUCAGCAUUGCUUUAGAAUUAUAGGAUUCACUGACGAGGAAGUGUACUCAGUGUACAGAAUUCUGACUGGAAUCUUAAAUACUGGAAAUAUUGAGUUUGCUGCCAUUUCUUCACAACACCAAACAGAUAAAAGUGAGAUUCCCAAUCCUGAAGCCCUAGAUAAUGCUGCGGCACUACUAAGUAUUGGGUCAGAAGAACUUCAAGAAGCCCUAACCUCCCACUGUGUUGUAACACGAGGGGAGACUAUUAUCCGAACAAACACUGUGGACAAAGCAGCUGACGUGCGAGAUGCCAUGUCUAAAGCACUUUAUGGCCGGCUCUUCAGCUGGAUCGUAAAUCGUAUUAAUACGCUGCUUCAGCCAGAUAAAAAUAUAUGCAAUGCUGAAAAUGGGAUGAAUGUUGGGAUACUAGACAUAUUUGGAUUUGAGAACUUUGCAAGAAAUUCCUUUGAACAGCUGUGCAUAAAUAUUGCUAAUGAACAGAUCCAGUUUUAUUUCAAUCAACAUAUCUUUGCACUUGAGCAGAUGGAAUAUCAAAGUGAGGGAAUUGAUGCUGUUACAGUGGAGUACGAGGACAACCGUCCACUUCUAGAUAUGUUCCUCCAGAAACCCAUGGGUCUCCUGUCUCUGCUAGAUGAAGAAAGUCGAUUUCCUCAGGCAACAAGCCUGACUUUAGUCGAUAAAUUUGAAGAUAACUUACGAUGCAAAUACUUUUGGAGACCGAAAGGAGUAGAACUGUCAUUUGGUAUUCAACACUAUGCUGGAAAGGUAUUAUAUGAUGCCUGUGCAUUUCUUGAGAAGAACAGAGACACUCUUCCUGCUGACAUAGUGGUGGUGUUGCGAACUUCAGAGAACAAACUUCUUCAGCAGCUGUUUUCUAGCCCAUUAACAAAAACAGGUAACUUGGCACAGGCAAGAGCCAGAGUGACAGCAGCAUCCAGGUCUUUGCCUCCACAGCUCAGUGCUGGGCGUAUCAAGUCUCCAAAAUAUCUCCUGAAGGUUGAUACAAUGGAGGUUAUGCGACACCCUGAGGAAACAACAAACAUGAAGCGGCAAACUAUGGCUUCCUAUUUUCGGUAUUCCCUCAUGGAUCUUUUAUCCAAAAUGGUUGUUGGACAGCCUCACUUCAUCCGCUGCAUUAAACCUAAUGAUGAUCGAGAAGCACUGAUGUUUUCUCAUGAGAGAGUUCUACUGCAGCUACGAUACACUGGAAUUCUGGAAACUGUCAAAAUACGUCAGAAGGGGUAUUCUCAUCGCAUCCUCUUUGAAGAGUUUGUGAAAAGGUAUUACUACCUUGCAUUCAAGGCACAUGAGACUCCCCUUGGUAGCAGAGAAAACUGUCUUGCCAUUUUGGAGAGAUCUAAACUAGACAACUGGAUUCUGGGCAAAACGAAGGUUUUUCUAAAGUAUUACCAUAUAGAGCAGUUAAAUUUGUUCCUGCGAGAAGUUAUAGGGAGAGUGGUGGUCAUGCAAGCCUAUAUCAAGGGAUGGCUUGGAGCAAGGAGGUACAAGAAAGUCAGAGAGAAAAGAGAAAAUAGUGCUGUUACCAUACAGUCAGCCUGGAGAGGAUAUGAAGCUCGCAGGAAGUACAAGGAAAUAAGGAACAGAAGAACUGAUGCCGCUAUACAUAUUCAAGCAGCUUUCAGGGGAUAUAUUGUUCGUAAAAACUACACAAGAUUGAAAAGCAGCACUGGGUGUGUAGCAGAUCCUCAGCUUACAAGCAGCCGCUCUACUUCUGAUUUUGGCUGUGAAGACCACUGGCAGCAAACCAGUAGCCAUCAUUCUCCUGUGGUGCCUGAAUUCCUUGACAAACAAACAAAAAAGAAGGAUUUGGAUGAGAUUUCUGCAUCUCCAUUUAUUCUAAAACACUCAUUCGAAGUGAAUUAUUUGCCGUCAAUUAGCCAAUCCCAGUCAGUUGCAGACCAUCAGUUGUCAAGUCCCUCAAGAUCCCAUGAAAAAGGAGGUUCAGAAAACUGUCUUGAACAGAAGCUGAGAACACCUCGUCGACGAUGUCAGCAGCCCAAAAUGCUGAAUAGCCCUGAGGACAACAUGUACUAUAACCAGUUAAAUGGAACUCUAGAAUAUCAAGGGAGCAAGAGGAAGCCAAGAAAACUUGGCCAAAUCAAAGUUCUUGACGGAGAGGAUGAGUAUUACCAAUCAUUGUCAGUGGCUGAAUCUAUCCCUGAAGAUGACAGCUUUAUCAGUUCCCCAUCUCCUCCCUCCUCAAGAGGUGUGUCUUUUGCUCAAAGCUGAACCUCACUUACUCUGUUGACUAAUACUGGUUUUUGGAAUGGCAGAAGUUAUCAGCCCAGAGGUAUCUUCCUGUGACCUAUCUGUGACUACAGAUCAUAUGGGGUUUUUCAAGUGAAGAGUAUCUAAUUUCCAAGUCUUUUAUUAAAAGAUUGGAAAGUGUGUUUGUUAUUGAGCUAAUUAUGAUAACAUAAGUAGCAUAUUUUAAUAUCUAAUAUUUUGAAUUUUUUGUUCAGCUUUUUAAGAAAUAUUAUUAGUAUUUGUAUCUUUUGUGUGGCCAGGCAGACCCUGAUUAAAACUUACAGUAGCAUUGUAGCAUAGUCUCUUGGAUUUAUUGUGUAGCUGACACGUCCACUUUCUGAAAAGUCACUGACAAGAGCACCCAACUUGAGAUAUCUAUUAUGAGAGCAUGUGUGUGCUCCCUCUCAUGUCCCAAAUUAAAAAAUAAAUAUUUUCAGCACCUGUUUACAAAAGGUCUUUCCCAUGUUAAAUGUACAACUAUUAACACUAUAUUUCAGACUUUAAAAUUAUUUUGCACUGUUUUUUUCAUGUUAAACCAUGCAGUUAUGUGUAACAUGUAUAUUUUAAACAUUUAUUGUCUAACAUAAAAUAAUCAUGUAAGGUUUUUUCCAUUCAUUGGUCACUAAAGUUUAAAAUACAGGGUGUUUCAAAAAGAUGGACCCAAUUUGCAAUCACGAUGUCUCUGCAACCACGAAUUCAGCUAUUCUCUCGAUGUUGUCUGCACAGCAGGUGGAAGGAACAUAGAGCAUUUAUAUAGAGGUUACCUGAUAACUCAUUAAGCUGUUUGUAGUUUUUUGUGUAAUUGUGACAUGUUGCCAUUGUGAAAUAUACUGCUUUGAAAUUGGAUCCAUCUUUUUUAAACACCCUGUAGUUUCUCUGUGUUUGUUUAUAAAGUUAAAUGUUUUUUAAUUAAGAAAAGUAUCCCUAUGACUACCAAAGGAGAUUUUAGGAAAGAAAAACAAACAAACAAAACAAAACAACAAACAAAAACACACACAAAACAAACAAAAGCCCCAAACAAACUCAGAAAUUCAUCAUACAUCAGAUCCUCACUACUACACAUAAUUUGUCUUUUAUACAGUUAUCACAUACAGAAAACCUUUUAAGAUUAGAGACUCCAGUUAGAAAUACAGUUGAAAUUUUGUUUAAAUUACAUUUUAGUGUUGCUACAUAAAAGCAAUGUGAGCAUAUACUCUCAGAAGCAAACACCACCAGCCUUGUAAGCUUUUGUAAGUUCUAUUUACCCACUCUAGUCUGUAGAAAUGUGUUUACAUGCUCACACAAACAUGUAGCUUAAUCUAACUUUUAAAAAAUGAUUUUGUAUUAAUAACAAUGCACAGCCGAGAUCUUUAGAGAGCAUCUAAUGCUGUUAAGAUUAAAAUCACACAUUCAUAUUUCUACUAUAUUUUAAAGGAUGAUGUCUUAGCAUCUGGGGUGGUAGUUCAUUGUUUUUACUACCUUUACACAUCUUACAAAGUAUUUUCUUGUAUAAUCAUGAAUUAUCUCAAAGACAAAUCUCUUUUUAAUUACACAGAAACUUUAACAAUAUGAUGCUAACUUUGUGGUAAAUUAAUUAAAAAUGAGAAAAUACAAAUUGGGAAAAAAAAAAAAGAACUUUUAUAUGUAAAAAUUAUGCUAAAGGUACUGUGCCUGUGGUUUAGAUGAACUUGAGAGACAACUGUAAUGGACAAGGCAAAAAAAGAAAGGCGCAUCUUGAUGCCAAAAGUUUUUAGAAAGGUUCAUUGUAUGAAGUCCAUAAGAAGAAAUCAGUUAUACUGAUCUGGGAAAGCCUGGUGGUGGAUUUGGUAAUGGCCGCUACAACUACCUAAAUGGUUUUCCCCUUUUUGUGUGUAAAUAAGUUAUUUAAAUUAUUUAUAUAUAUAGAGAGAGAGAUAUAUAGAUAUAUAUAGAUAUAUAUAUAUCAGUAUGGGGGAAUGUAUUAUAUUUGAAGUAAAAGUGUUCCUACUUUAGGCUUUGGUAAUUUAUGCCUAAUACCUAGAGCAUAUAAAAUGAAUUGUUUUAUUUGUUUACUGUGAUUUGCAGGGAUAUUACUGCAUGACAAGGUUACAUUGACCUAUCAUUUCAUGCAUCAGCAGUUCUUCUAUUGCACUGAUUUGAUCAAGCCUAGUGGAUAAAAGAGGAGCAAUCCACCCAGUGGACCAAAUUAGAAUUAUAAUAAAAAGUGCACAUUCUGAAGGGCAAAGUAGGUUAAGUAUGAUACUUCACUUGGCAUCGUUUUUGUGAUGUAUCAAAUUUAAAGCUUUUUUCAUAAAUGUUUGCUUAAACUUUUGCAUUCAAAUUUUGUAUUUUGAUAUUAUGUAGUUAUGUAAGUGAUUCCAUAGCUACACUUGAGGAAAAAUACAGGUUUUUGUAGCAACUGGAGGCUUUUUUAGGUUAGGUACUUGUGAAAGUGCAAAAAAUCUCUCUCAUUUUGAAUUCACAGGAAUUUCUGGGUAUCUCUUUGCUGUACUACUUUAGAUAGUGCUGUUGCUCCUCGUGCUGAAGAAUUUCACCAUUUUACAGUUAUAAAAUGUCAAACAACCCUUCCUAGUUACUUGGUUUGGGCUCUGCUAGACAGAGGAAAAGAGACUGCAUGGCCCACAGCUUUAUUGUGUUUCUAGAACCACCUUGUUCCUGCUUGCUCUCCUUGAAUGCCAGCAAUAGCUCAGUGGAUUGGAGGGACUGCAUCCUGUCUGUACCCUCCAAGGUAAGUUUUAAAUUGCUGUUAUCCAAGGGAGGGGCUAAGGUACCUGUCUUAUGUGAGGUGUGAAAUAACUGGUGUAGGCUCCAACAUUAUUUUAAUAAGAUGUAGCAAAUAAGGUCUUCAAAUGGCUCUAGAAUAAGAUGUGUGAAAGCUAUAGAAGUUUAAUUUUUUGUUUCUCUAAUGACAAAGAGUGUACAUGAGACACAUUUUUAAAAUCUUUAUACAUUUGUUAUAUAUUGCUUAUUGUGAUGAUCCAUUAGUACUGCAUAAUCAAUCUGUAGUGAUUGUUUGCUAACAGUGAAAAAUCAAGGGCAUCAGAAAUUAUAAUUACGAAUUCUAGCAUUUCAUAAAUGCCAAAGAUCAUAACGACAACAUUUGUGUGGUUUGCUUACUAAGGAAUCCACGGAGAAAUUCAUUUGAGCACACAUUUAGGUUUCAGUGUUCUCGAUAGGGUAGUAGAACGAACUGCAGUUGUUUACAUAAUUGGGUGGAGUGUGAGCACCUGGCUCAGUGCUUUGCUGGUAAACCAUUUCUAAUGGAGACCCUGGGUGAGAAACCCAUCUCAAGAGCUUGUAGAAAAUGACGGGAAAGUAUCGUUUGGUUUUCUUUGUUUUGUUUGUUGUUUCCUUUAUUUUGAGUUAGGUGUUAAGUCUAUAUGAAUUAAUUGCUUCGGUAACUGAAGCUAAGUAAAAACAUGCUGUCCCAAGAUUACGAAAAGAAAUGUUUGUUUUGGCAUGCCUAUCUAUUUGGGUAAAUUCUGGUAGUCUACUCAAAAAAAAAACCACACUUUAAAAAAAAUUAUUUUACAAAAAAUUCUUACUAGGUACAAUUGUUUAAAAAGGACAGAGAACAAGAAGGUAAGUGUCAGCUUUCUCUAGAACUUAAAUAUACACAUUCUUUAUGGCAAUAGGAUAGUUCUAUUUCUUAUUUAGAUAUUCUGUUAAAUGAUGUUUUAAAUUCCAUUGCUGUGAAUAUUCAUGCAGUAGAUGAAAUGAUGCCAAAGUUUCAGUUUGUAUCUUUGUGUGAAUUUGUGUUGAAAUUGCUGAAAAUUUUCACUGCCUCAAGAAUUUAGUAAUACCAUGUGAUGAACAGAAAAUGAGUGCUUUUUAAAGUUACUGUUUCUAUUUUGGGAGCAAACAGAUAAAAUGAAAAUCUAUUUUGGUGUCAAAAGCUAAGUUAUUUAUCAAUUACUGAUUUUAAAAAGAUACUUGCUUUAAAAUACUUGUUACUUAAUCAGGGAAAUCUAAGUAAGCCUGGGUCUGAGCAAUUUGGUAGUUUAUAUUUGAAGUGGAACUUCUAAAAGAUCACCAUACAGCUUCAAGUUAAAGAAGUCUUAGAGUUGAGGAACAAAAUUUGCAUCAGGUGAACCAAAAUGUGAAACAGCUGUUUUGUAGUUGCUUUCCAGAAGCAGCUAUUGAAUCAGUUCAAACAGUGCCAUGGUGAGAUGAUGUCUUUGGUUUUGCAGUUGAUCUAUUACAUGCUUUUUUAAGCAAUUAGAGCUUGAUAAUGCAAUCAUUUGUCAACCAAUUAAUUUUGAAAGACUGGAAAUACAUGGAUGAACUCUUUAACCUGUGGUUCAUUUGACACCACUGAUAUCUAGAUCAAAUAAAAAAAAUAUAAUUAGUAUUGUGUAAGCUACAUUAUAUGAACUCAAUAUCUUCAUGUUCUGUGACUUGCAAUUUAAUUUUUAAAAUAUUUUUAUUAUUACUAUAGGUAAACAUACGGAUAAAAAAAAGUAACAUUAUUUUGUUUUGUAUAGAAUAUGUAAGUUCAUUACUAUUAGAAACAAUAACUGAAAAAAAAAAAAAAAUGUGAACGUGAUUCUCUGGGGGCAAAUGUGUGCCCAGACGUCAACAGAAACUUUAUGAAGGGCAUUAAUGCAUGCAGGCUUCUGCCCUAUAUUAUCUUCACAGCUUUGAAAACCUUAAUCACUGCAGCUGAAGUUCUUGUAAGGCUAAGAGAAAGCUAUGAGCAUGCCAAAAUAAGCCAGUUUCUAUGUGGUUUUUUUAAUACUUCUAAUCUUGAAGUCAUUAUAUCCUGUUGUUUCAGUACAUCAGAAUAAUGCUUCAUGACAAUGAAUUUUUGCUGAACUUGUACACAUAGCAAAUGCUAACUCAGAUUUUUGCAUUCUUGAAAAGAGGUAUAUGAAUUGUGGAAUAAUAUAUGUUGCGAGAGACUUUUAGAUGUCACCUGGUCCAAUGCCCUACUCAAAGCAGAGCCAGCUUAUGUUGCUCAGUGCUUCAUCCAGUGAAGAAACAAGUAUCUCCAAAGUUGGAGAUUUCACAGCCUCACUGAGCAGCCUAUUACUGUGUUUGACUGCCCUCAUAGUGAAGUUGUGUGGGUUUUUUUUCCUGAUAUCUAACCUAAAUAUCUAAUCAAAUGGUAUUUUUCACCUUCUUGGUCUACGGCUUCGAAAAAUUGUAUUUUGGAUUUAUAGAUUGUAUUUGUAAACUCAUCUUGAGUUGCCAGACUGGCAACUUGUUUGUGCUAGUGUAAACUUAGGAUAACACUAAGGACUUCAGGCAUGUACAUCUAGAUUUAUUGUUAUAAGGCUAAACAGAAAUGUGACUUUUCUGCCAUAUCUUACAGACAAGCCUUUUCUUUCUGCAAGAAGAGUGAGGGAAGCCUUUUAUUUCUGCAGAGACAGUCACAUAAUUCUGUGUAUGUAUAUGUACAAUUAAUUAAAAAGUAGGAACAUUAGCUCUAGAAAGGUAAAAUAAAAAUAAGUUUUCUUUUUAAUUCAGUUCAGGUACAGGAAGAUUACUUGACUGGAAUGUGUAUACUCUAUUAACACAAUCUAGCAUUAAGUGUUUAUUUCAUUACCUCUGUGGUUUUGCUGAAGUUUAAAGUUAUUCAUUCAGUCAGAAAACUUCUGUAUCCCUUAAGACUAUUUCCCUAGUGUUGCUUUUUACAUUUGCAUGGCUUUCCAAGUGAGUUGUCUUGAAAGGAAUACUUGCUCUAGAUGUGCAUGUUCUGGACUAAAAAAAAACCAGACUUUGCCUGUAGUGUAACAUGAAACAAGAUGUGCAGUUUAUUAAAGCUGUGACACAUUAUGACUGCUGCCUUUUGGUUCAUGAGCCCUGUUGCCUCGCACUGCUCAAGGGUUCCCAAGCUUAAGUACCACAUUAAAGAAAGACAUUAAACACGUAACAAAGCAACACCAGGGCAAUGUCCAGGAGAAGGCACACCUCCAGUGCUGCUGCUUUCUCCCAUAUGGAGGCAAAAGUAGCAGCAGGUCACAGCUCUGCUUGGGGCUGCAUGUGGUGCUGAAAGAGACUGAUAAGUACUCUAGCAAUGCGUUUUGUGGACAUAAAUGGUGUUCCAGUUGUUUGUAUGUGGCGUUUGGAAGUAGUGUACAUGUCUGGAGCGGGCAACAUUAUGCAGAAACUCUGAGGGUGGUUAUUAAACUCUGUUUACAAGGAAACUUGUUUCUGUCUUGUCCCUAUACUGUUAGAAUUGGACUUCUAAAAUUGUUGGCUUGGAUUUGAAAAUGAGGGGAAACCUUGUAGAACACUUGAUAAAUACUCUCUGAAUUUUGUAGCUGUAGCAUCAACUUUCACAUUUGAAUCUUCUGUCUCUGGCUUUAUUUCUUGGAGUAUUUUUUUCACCAGCCUUGUAACCAUCAAAAUAAACACUGUGUUAUUUGAUCAUGUUGUUGGUGAUGUGGCAUUUGUGAAAACUACUGAAAAUAGUGAUUUAUUUAUAGGACCUCCAAUAACAAAUAAUUCAGGGGAUUUGAAGGUUCAUAAGCAGAAAUAAGCUUUUCUUAUGCUUUAACAUAGUUCAUACACUGGUUGUGUGUAGCACUUUCAACUGCUUAAAUAUGUUUUUAUUGUCAUUCUCUAAGAACCAUUAAAAACAGGAGGCAAAUAUCUGUGAGUUGUAAACAAAAAAGUUCAAAGAAGUGAACAGAACUGCUGAGAGAUGCAGAGUCAAUAAAUAUGAUUUUCACUGUUGUAAUCAUUUAAUAUGUGUCAAAUAACAGAAUUAUGCUGUCAGCCCCAGAUGAGUACUGACUGUGUUGGAGCUUUUUGUGUCACAAAUUAUAUUUAAAUGAAAAAUAAACAUGCAAAAGAACCAUUUCAUGGGACUCAUGUUCAGAUAAUAACUUUUUUGGCCAUGGUACAGACUGGAAGCUCACUAGCUUUGUCAGCAAAAGCUGAAAAAUACCCUGCUUUUAUCAGAAUAUUACGAUAAUUUUAGAGGAUAACAUAUUUCCUCUGUGUGGAAAAUAAUUGAUUUUUAGUAUAAGGCAGUUCAGGAUUUGGACCACAAGUGGUAAGCAAUGGUGUCUUCCCUGCAAAACAAAUCUCUAAAAUAUCUGUUGAAAAAUAGAUCUAAUUUCGGCCAUCUGUGUACUUUUGAUUACUAAAUGCUAUGCAAAUAUUACCAGAAAGGUUUUUAAAUACGUGUUAAAUCCUCUGAACAAUUGAGGUAGUAUCUAGUUCUAAUGGCUGGUCAGUGGGAGGUCUGUCAGCAGGAGGUGGCUGAUGGCCAUUGGGUAGAAAUACUCAGCAAGGAAUCUUGCCACACUGACCUCUGUGGCUCUUCCCUUCACCUGUUCAUCACCAUGGUCUUGAGCUGCAGGUUGGCACCAUGUGCCAGGAGCUAUAUACAUUUUCUGUCCUAGCUUGUCAUUCUGAUACACCAUAGAUGUCUGAAAGAAACCAGUGACACAGAUGAGGCUGCUGCAGUCAGCACCAUCAGCCAUUGCCUAGGGCAAGCACAGAGGGGACAAAAACAGCAUCUCAGGCAGCUAGGGAAAACAAGGUUUGAUCUGCAUGGGUCUGUCUGCUGGACAUGACUUAAAAAUAAACAUAUUCUAAAAUCUGGAGCUAUUGUAAAACCUUAUUUUCUGUCAGUGAACCCAACUUUGAUCUGGGUUGCCUUGAAAUGAAUUGCAAAGAAAAAAUUAAUUAUUCAUCAUACUCCUUUAAAAGCUUGGAUAAUAGAAGGCUUGUUAAAAUGUGAAAUAAAAUUUCUUUUUGUGGAAAGCAGGAAAGGCAAAAGGUAGCAGGCUAAAUGGCUUGUCCUUUCUGAUACUUUAUAAAUGAGGAAUUUUCAGCUUCAAGAGUGAGUUCCUAGUACAUCAUAUUAUGUCUAGAAAUAUUUUGUGCUUCAUUUUCACAUAUAUAAAUUUUUCAACCAACCUGUUUUUCUAUAUGGAAUUAAUAUUUAAUAUAGAGUUAUCACAAAUUGGUAUAUUA